AUGACUUCCAAUGACCGUACGUUGACGGCACCGCUGCUCCGCCUGCCCUUGGAGCUUCGCAACGAGAUUUGGAGCAUGCUUCUCCUGAACUUCGUAGCCAUUCCUUUAUCAACUCAAGGAGUCCGAACCAAGUCGUCUCGCGUUGUGCGCAAUCCGGACAUCCACUGGUCCAAGCAGUAUAUGUUCGCUGAGCCACCAAAUACAGGUCUUCUUCGAAUCAACAGACAGAUUCAUACGGAGACUAUCGCCUUCCUGUACAGCAUUAACAGAUUUGUCGUCAAAGACAUCCUCACACUCCGCCGCUUUCUGGAGACAAUCGGACCUGGCGUCACACAUAUCACCGGCGUGACGCUGCAAUCCGACGCGUUGAUGGGCCGAUCGCUCUCGUCCGCAAUGCCUAAGCUGAGAUUGUGCCGAAAUCUCACGUCUCUGAAAGUCUGCCACCCUAGCCUUUGCGCCGCCACGGACGACGCGGUUGGCGCCAUUGCUUCUGGCUUCGUCAAAGAUCUCGAGCCGCUACUUGAUGUGUUGGCCCCGAUAUUCACGGAGAAGAAUCUUGCAAAAUCUAUUGCUAAUCUCGUUCGAAUCAGCCACGGAAGCUGUCUACAAGGAUUUUCGAAGGCAAGAGAUAUGGAAAUCGAGAUUGGAGAACUCAUCGCGCAGAGGUACGGGGUCGAGUAUUGGCCUGACUUUGACUGGUGGGAUCUGAACGAAGCCGGAGGAAAAGCGUGGUACCUUGAAGAACAGCAUAUCGCGUGGCUCAAGGAGAAGGAGGAGACGGAGAAGCUGGAAUCCUUGAGAGUGCUCUUUCAAGAUCAGAAUGUUGCAUGUUCUUGCAGUUCGCCGAUUUGUCGAGGUGAAGCGUGA